AUGCCGACGCCCGUGUUCAAACUUGAGUAUGCGCCGUUUGGAGAUGCAGUGAAAGAGCAGCUCAAACGGAGAGGCUACGAGAAGCCAACACCAAUCCAGAUGCAGGGGUGGCCUUUGCUGAUGCAAGGCUGGGAUUUGGUGGGCAUUGCCCCAACGGGCAGUGGCAAAACCCUGUGCUACCUGCUCCCUCUCCUGGAACAUGUCGAGGUGCAGCCAGCCCUGCGGACUCACGAUGGUUGUGUUGCCUUGGUCCUGCUGCCUUUGAGAGAGCUCUGCCAACAAAUUGCCCAAGAGGCGGAGGCAUGGUGUAAAUAUAGUGGAUGUUCGAGACGAGUGGUGAGUUGCAGCACAGGUGACAGAGGGCCCGAGCUGGGGAGAUGUGACAUUCUGUGUGCCUCUCCAGGCAAAUUGGGGGACCUUCUCUCUUCGGAACAGUAUGACAUCGAUCGCACGACAUACAUUGUGGUGGAUGAGGCAGACGACAUGCUCUUGCGCCCAGACCGCGAGAACGCCUCCGAAAUGAUCACCCCCUUACAGAUACUCAUGAAGAGCACUCGCAAAGACAAGCAAACGCUGCUCUUCACUGCGACAUGGAGGGAUGGAUUAAAGGACAUCAAGCUCGACCGUGGCCUCCGCGUCGCUGUGGGAGGAACAGAUUUGAAAGCUUGCGAGCGUGUAACGCAACGAUUCUGGUGCCCUGGACGUGGUGACCCUGCAGACCCCUGGCAGUGGAAGCAAGGUGAAACGAAAGACCAGGCUCUUGUGAAAGCUAUUCGGUUCAUCUGCUGCUCUAGAGAGUUCAAAGCCGGCGCGAAGGUCAUCGUGUUCGUAAAUGCGAGCGCUGACCCACGUGGAAACGUGGAGCGAGUGGUUCAGCUGCUUGAGGCCUCCGAGAUUCUUGAGCCAGGAGACAUCGAAGGUUUCGGUCGAACCCGAAGCCUAUGGUAUUCCGACGACAUCUACAACCGUUUCAGGGAUGAAUCCUGUCCACAGCCACGUGUUCUGGUGACAACUGAUGUCCUUUCCCGAGGUUUCGACUUCUUUACCUGCGCUUGGGUUGUGAACCAUGACUAUCCGGCGGGGGGAAAGAAUGCCCUGCUCAAGUACGUCCACCGGAUCGGCCGCACUGGGAGGGGCGACCGCACUGGUACCGCCCUCACACUCCUUGAGGAGCUGGAGCUGCGUUUCGCGAAAGAGAUUCUACCCAUUGCUACAGCGAACGGCCACCGGGUGAGUGACUACAUCUGGUUGGAAGCCGAGUGUCGCAACGUCUGGAGAUACCGCGAAGCCUACAGAGAGCAGAAUAGAGAGCAGAUGCAGGCGAGGACUCCACGGGAGGCCGAGACGCCGCUCGCGUCUUUUUGUGAGCCUCUUCCGAACCCCUGGGACGUGGACGUCCCGUGGCCAGAUUGGGGCAGCCAGGAGCGCUACGAGUUCCCACCUUUGUGA